CGAGGUCCGACCGCACGCACAAAUUUUGUGCCGGUAUUGCAAACCCAUCUGCACUCUGAACGAUGCUCAGAACGACUGGCUAGCCGCCUAAGCGGCUGCUUGUGCGUUCAGCGAGGGCGUUUGAAAACCAUAAGGUUAUUUUUCACCUCGGUUGUAUGAGGUCGGGAGUGUAUCAAGCCUUUGCCUUUGACGAAUUUUCCUUCUUUAUGAUCCCCGGACCGCAUGACCCCGUCAUAUGAUGGAUGACGAGAUCUUACUCCGCAUGUCCAGAACUUAUACUUAAGCAUGCCUGUUGAGCAGGAGGGCUUCUUCAAACGCCUUUUCUUAGACGUUUCUCUCACUUGAUCAUGGCGAGAGACGUUCCAACGAGCCGUAGAGCGGUCUUGCUCGCCAUUUUCAUCGCGUUUGGAGGUUUCCUGUUUGGGUAUGACAUGGGUGUCAUUUCCGGAUGUCUGAUCAUGCCAGACUUUAUCCGCCGAUUCGGCCAAGAAGGAACGGAUGGCCAGUACUACCUGUCAAGUUCGAGACAAUCGAUCAUUGUCUCCCUGCUGUCGGCUGGCACGUUCUGUGGAGCUAUCGCGCAAGCGUUCACUUCUGAUCGGCUUGGACGCCGUGGAUCCAUUCUGUUCUGGUCGGCCAUCUUCACUGUUGGCGUGGCUGUCCAGACUGGCACGACAUACUCUCUUGUUCAGUUGGUUAUAGGUCGCUAUAUUGCAGGUUUAGGCGUCGGUUCAUUGUCAGCCAUUGUGCCCCUGUACAAUGGAGAAACGGCACCGAAAGCUAUUCGUGGCACGAUCUUGGUGAUUUAUCAAGUCCAAAUCAUCUCGGGCAUAUUUUUCAGUUACCUGCUUGAACUCGGAAGCCAUACACUCAACAACUCCGCGUCUUGGCGAAUCCCCAUCGGAUUGCAAAUGGUCUGGGGUAUCAUACUUUUGUCUGGAAUGUUUUUCCUUCCAGAAUCACCCCGGCACCUUCUCGGAACUGGACGAGGCGAUGAAGCGCGCAAGGUCGUCGCAGAACUCAAUGGUGUUUCACAAGACGACACUAUUGUUGUUGAAAUUGUGGAGGAACUCGAUUUUGCUAUUAGAGCAGAGAAUGAGGGUGGCAAAGCGACUUGGCUAGAAUGCUUCUCCACGAGAAAUGCACUGUGGCGUCGGACUAUAAAUGGCAUGAUGCUUCAAUUUAUUCAGCAGCUUAACGGCCAGAACUUUUACUACUACUAUGGCGACACCUUCUUUCAGAGUGCAGGUGCAGGGCUUUCACCUUAUAUCAUCCAGACGGUUCUUGGUGCAGUGUCAGUUGCGGGAACUCUCCCCGCGUUGUACUUCAUCGAGACUUGGGGUCGCCGAAAGUCCCUUCUCCUUGGCGCAUUCUCACAAGCUAUCUGUGCACUAAUCGUUGCUGUGGCUGGGCAUGCUACCCUUGCGCCUACUGGAACGCCGACUUCAGAGCUUACCGCUCGCAAUAGAGCUGGGGGCGACGUCGUCAUCACUUUUGCAAUAUUCCAAGUGUUCAUUUUCGGCACGACUUGGGGCCCUACUCCUUGGGUAUACCUGGGAGAAUCUUUCCCUCUUCGAGUGCGCCCCAAGUCAAUCGCCCUCGGCAGUGCAUCAAACUGGUUCUGGAACUUCAUGCUUUCGUUCUUCUCUCCAAGGAUUGUCGACCAGAUUGGCCCAUUGAUAAUGUUGGUCUUCUUCGGCAUGCUCGUCUUCGGAUACAUCUACGUGUAUUUCGCCAUCCCUGAAACCAAAGGUCUAACUUUAGAAGAGGUGGACGAGUUGUACCGUUCUGGCGUUGCACCCUGGCGAUCUGUAGGCUGGAGACCGAGUGAGAAGCAUUAUCACCACGAAGUGCACGAGAAACGAGCGUCGGACUCUGUGGAGGAGGCCUGAAGAGAGAGAGAUGUGCUACAAUAUUACGCAUUGAUACCCACCCUCUUGCACGUCUGAUCAUGUUAUUCUAAACGAUAAGCAGAUUGUGGUGGACCGUAUCUCACUGAUCGAUCGUCUAAGAGGCUAAGAUGGUUGCUCACGGUGCACUGUGGCACCGACCUUCGACAAAUCCACAACAUUGACCUUGGUCACUGCCGAUGCGUCUCUGCAGUUUGCCUUUGGCAACAAGGCUCGUUUGCUGUACCUCUGGGCCCUUGUCAGUUGAUGCCAAAAUAUUGUUCAAACAGCCGAUUCGAGGGUGUUAUAUUUUUGCAAGAAUG